AUGUACGUGCCUUUGAACAGGAAUGGUCCUACACCCAAAGGACAUCCAGACAACUUGGGAAAGGAUGAGACUGCGUACAAGCAUUUCUUACGGGAUCUGUCAGAGAACACGAGUCCAGAUUACCCAGAGUUCCAACCGCUUUCAAGGUCGGUGAAGCUGAUCUCUGAGGUAUCCCAGCGUAUCCAGGACAACGCCCGCAGCCACGACAACCACCUGCAGCUGCGGCGGGUGCAGAGACUGCUGAAGGGGAGAAAGACCAAGGUGGAAGCUCCAGGACGCUGGUACCUGCGUGAGGGCUGGCUGCGUACCGUCCCCCCUAAAGGAGCAGAGGUCAAACCCAAGAUGUUCUUCCUGUUUAGUGAUGUCCUUCUCCAAGCCAAGCCCUGCCACCCUCUCCAUCCCACCAACGGAGAUAAGUUUGCUGGCCAGAGAGUCUACCCACUGAAGGACUGUACUGUGGACAAGGUGUUUGGGCACACCCAGAGCCAGGGCGGCCUUCUCAGUUUGACCUUCCCUAAAGCCAAGCUGCUGCUGAUGUCCAGCGAUCAGGAAGAUAUCAACGACUGGUAUUACAGCCUGAGCUCUGCUGUAGGUCAGUUAAAGUCCAGGAACACAGUGGUCCAUCAGAGAGAUGAUCUGGUUAGGAGACCUCUACGCUGCUUUGUAGAGGACCAGAAGAACCAAACUACCCCCUCCACACCACCCACCACCACCACCCCAGGGAGGAAGAGGAUGGCCCCCCCUCCACCCCAGACCCCCUCCAGACCUACCGCUCCAGCAGAAGCAGAGGGCAGCGCCUCCAAGAGGAUGAAGCUGACUGGGGGGCCAGCUGAGAGUGAACCGGCCAGGUCAAGCUGUGUGAUCCUGUGAAGGACCAAGAACUUCAGAGAUCCUUGCUCUUUCACACAAACCAAUCAAGUCUGACAGAUAAGCGUUAAUGGGGG